GUAAAUCCCAUAUAUAAUUCCACAACUUUUUCAAAAUAAAAAAACUUGUUUUACUACACAUGCGCAAACAGCAUAAUUGUAUCAGAUUUAGAAAAUACAAAAAAUUUAUUUUCUUUAAACCACCAUAAAGAAAGGGUAAAUUUUGUACAAACUAUCAAUAACUUCAACGGCAGAGAACUUCUCUUAUCUGGAAGUGUAGAUACUAAAUUAAUAUUAUGGCAAUGUGCCGAAGAUUCUUUAAAAAUCAUGAGAAAUGGGAAAUAAUACACGAAUUUGACCUUGAAAAUUCCGUUUAAUUUUGCAGUAUAUGCGAAUAUAAAGAAAAUGAAGUAUAUGUAUUAGCAGGAAAUAUAAUGGGAGAUGUGUUUUUGAUAAAAAUAACAGAUGAUAAGAAACAAAUUUUAGACCGAAUUAAAUUCGGAAGUCAUUUUACAUAAGAAACUUCAAGGAUGAUAAAGUUAGAUGAUAAAAAUUAAAUAUUAAUAUUUUUUGGAGGUCUUGACUUUUCAGUUCAUGUUUAUUUAUUUGACCUUUAAACCAAAUACAAUAAAAAAGGCGAUUUUUUUAAUUAUAAAAUUAGUCUAAGAGGCCAUGAAAAUGCAAUUACUGACAUAAAAAUUUUAUAUGAAAAAGAAAACAAUUAAUGGAUAAUUGCAAGUUCAUCAAAAGAUUCAUAUAUUCGUCUUUGGAAAUUUUCUAAAGGAGGAUAAGAAGCUAAAUUAUCAGAAUUUCAAAAUAAAGAAAUACAAAAGUUUGACUUAAACAAUGAAGAAUAUUUUAUUUCUUUAGAAAGUGUUAUAAGCGGACAUAAUGAAUCUGUUGUAAGUUUAGAUUGGGGAUUUUAUAAUGAAUAAGUUGUUUUACUUUCUGCUCUUUUGAUUUUAGUAUCCUUAUUUGGGUAUUUGGAUUAGUAUGUAAAGAUUAGGUUAAAUUACUGGAAGUAAAUAUGCUUUUUUUAAUGCUAAAUUUUCAAAUGA